CUUCGGCAGCACAUAUACUAAAAUUGGAACGAUACAGAGAAGAUUAGCAUGGCCCCUGCGCAAGGAUGACACGCAAAUUCGUGAAGCGUUCCAUAUUUUUUUUUCCCCACCCCUCCUCCCCUCAUCCAGCUUCCCGACUGCUGGAAUUUCUCGCUAUUUCCUUCUCGUCUCGCCAAAAGGCUUCUGUUUUCGCGCAGGUUGUCUUAAGCAAAGCCAACCAUCUCGCUGGCUUGAAUCCUUCACCAGAAGUUCAACCAUAUAAUCUCUGCUCAAACACAAGGAACAGAUGGAAUUCCUGCAGGUCCUGUAAUUCACCUUCUUUCUCCACACUGUGGGAUCUCACGCCGUGGGGUUCAGGGCUGGUUACCAAAAGAUCAGGGCAAGAUCUGGCAAAAACAGCAGCGCUGAAGGCACAGAUAUGAUGAUAUCUUCGAUGAAAGACUCAAGCUACGAAGCUCCUGUGAAAGAAUUUAAAUGUGAUGAAUCAUCCACAACAGUGAUCAAUAAAUGGAACGAUUCCAAUUUUGUCUCUGACUUGGCCUUUAAGAAGGCUCACCAUGUCCCUGCCAGCAAAGAGGUGUGGAAGGCCCCCGGUGUUGUCCUUCCUGGAAAAGAAAAAGAGAAAGCAAAGUCUUGAUAGAAGAAGGGGGAAGACGAGGAUUUAUGUGGGCAGUCACAUUGAGCGAUGGCUGACACUAAAGGAGAAGUUGGAUUUCAGGAACGAUGCAGAAGUUGCAGGGUUUUUAUUGGACUUGUAUGACAGCCACGACCCAUUGACAAAAGCCCCGCUCUGUCCCCUCCCUGAGGGUGUCAGAAGGAUCACUGUGAAGGAAGAAAGAGCUUUGUCAGGCAGCACAUCUUUAAUAGCAGCAGAUGGAACGUAUGACAACGCUGACCAGCUGCCUAAAGAAUCUGCCUGUUCUGGACUGGGGGAUGUGAGAGUCGUGACUGUGAAGGAGGAGCGAGAGGCACCCCGGGACUGCGUGUUGGCAGGGGCAGAUGACACGGACACAGAGGCCGUAGGACACUGCAGUGCAUUGCAUGGUGUGCCCACACCCCUCGCUGAGAUGGUGAAUAGGUGAACAAGCUGGGGUUCUGCAAGCAGUUCUGUGGCCCAGAAGAAUUCUUGGAGGCUAGGGCAGGAGAAAACAAACACCAGUGCUGAUGAAGCUGACAAAUUCAAGUCCAUUCUUCAAAAGAGCAUUUUUCACUGGCAAUGUAAUUUUAGUCUGGAGUGCAGCAAUAAUUGAAUUCCUGGGACUGAUUUGACACAGGUGAGACAGAGGGGUUGUGUUUCAUUGAUUGCUUAUGUUAGCCUCCUGAGAUGGGAGAAGUAUUUUGAAAGGUGUUUUGGUAUGAGAAAAACUUUCAGUUCCCCUAAAAGGUAAAGUAAUGAGGCUUUGGAACAGUCUCAUGUCUGUGUGAAGAUGCUGUAUCCCCUGAGUACAUGAAAUGCUGGACAAGUGAUCAGGCACAUGUGCAGUGCUAAUUCUGUAAAGCUAAAGGACAACAGCUGUCCAAGGAUGAGGAGAUUCACAGAUAAGAACAGACAUCCUAGGGCACACUGUGUGAUUCCAGGCAAUAUUUACCUACCAGGAGUAGUUGUAUAACCUCACUAUGAGGAAAAUGGGGUUUGGCUGGGUUUGGUUUUCAUUCCCAGUAGCUGAACUUGGGUCUUUAAAGUAAGGCCAAACUCAGUUGCUUGCUCAGUGUUUUUAGAAAUCUGGGUAAAAUUCUUAAUUGCUGUAGAAAAUAGUGGGGUUUUUUUCUUCAGAAAGGAGCAGUGGUUAUGUUGUUGUGUAUCUUUAUUUUCUUUUUGUUUUCAAAGGCGUGGUACUGCACCUCCUAUUGAAGGGAGGCAGUGAAGGCAGGUAUUUCCUGCUCUCCAGGCACUUGGGUGUCAUAUUUUCCUGUUGCUCUUAUUGUUUUGGGCUUUACCAAAGAUCUUUUUUUCAUUCUGUGCUGCCUGCAAGGGCCAGGAAAAGAACAAGGUCUUGUUGUAGGUGCUUUAGUAGCACACUCUGAGUUAACAGUCACAAAGCAGCUCUUGUAUUCUUACUAUCAAGUCUGGGUUUAGUCUGGCUGAACACUCUUAAGGAACUGGACACAUCAAAGACAGUGGAGCAAGAACACUUAAACUCAGCUUGAUCAGUGGGUUAAUGUUUGGUUUCUCUCAUUUUUGGAGUCCUGCCCAAUGCCAUUGACUUCAGCAGUUGCUCUUGUUGUAGAGAGUUAAGUUGGUGGAGAAACAGUGAAGGAGUCAACAGCAGUGACUUCAAGACUCUUGCCAGGUGAAAGGGGAUGAGUCAAAGUAGUUGAGUUGAAUGGGUUUUUUUUUUGAAGAAGCUUUGGAGGAUUUGAGGUUCUUUUAGUGUUGGAGUAUUUAAAUGAUAGGGAUUCAAAAAUUCAUUUACUUGUACUUGUGGUAAUGAAACAGAUUUUCAUGAUAGAACAGCCCAUAACAGGGGGUUAGAAUGAGAUGAUCUUCCCUUCCAACCCAAAUCAUUCUGUUAUUCUGUGAACUGACUUUGCUGGGAUUUGUUUGUGGACUGUAUCUUUUUUGGCCUUGAUUCAGUAAAAAAUGAAGAGAAAUACAAAAUAGUUACUCAGAACUGUCACAGCAGUUUGAUGAGGAAGAUUGAAACUUGUAGGAUGAGUGGGUGUCAGUCAGUAGUAAAUGCUGAUUUGGGAAAGCCACAGCUUUGAAGGGACGCCUCAGCUUCAGUCCCUGGCUCUCCUGAAGUGAAAUUCCCUUGGAAAGCAAAUAAACAGUCUUGAGGGAAAGUCCAGCAGGCUGUUAAUGCUGGAGACUUACCCUGCCUUGACAAUGGCAUGGACAGCUGAGGAGUUUCUUAGCAAGCAGGAAAGCAAAACUUAGAUUUCAUUUAAAAGAAAUUUGGGGGGGGAAAAAGCCUGAUAAAAAAUAACCUGCUUAGUAGGACAACUUCCUGUGCUCUCUCUGCCCAGACAGACUCAGUGAAGCAAUGCAGACAUCUCUCAUAUUGGGGUACUUGAAUGUCACCUUGUAACUGUUCUCAUUGUGUUACUUUUCAGGGUGAGCAGCAAGAAGAAAAUCCAGCUCUUGCAUAACAAUACUGGGGCAGUUUUUGGUCUGGUUUGAUUUUUGCUGUGAGGGUGUUGUGAACUGUAAGUUGUAUGAAACUCCAUGUUACGUGUUGAACAGCACAUUAAACUUAAUUACCCGAAG